UAGUCAUUCUGUAAACAAAAGAAAGUCUUCUCGCUGCCAUGCAAAAUGUUAUGAAAUUCUUAUAAGAAAAGCAAGCAAAGUGUAGGAGUUGUUAAUUAUCAUUUACGAUUGGAAGUGUUCAAAUUGAGUUUUUAUUACAUGAGAAAGUGCAAAGUUAUUUGAUGUUAAUUACGCAUUCGUUGAAGAAAAAUAAUACUCGUAUAAUUAAUAAAAAAUUUACUAAAAUUGCGGUACUAAAGAAUAAAAGAGGAACAAUAUUUGAUCUUAUAAGAACUACGUAACUACGUAACGAGCCAACCGAAUGCAGUAUCUUAACUACGCAUUACAAACUUCCUCACGUUUUCUCUCCACCUCUGCAACCACCUCAAAUACAACUUCCACUAUUAACAACAACAACACCUGUCCCAACAAUAACAGCUGUUCCUCGCAAACUGUCGACCAACUCAACGCCAAUUUGACAGAGAACGGAGUAGUUGGCUCAUCAACGGAAGAACGUAUAGACACAAGCGUUAACGCCACAACAUCACAGAGUGGCGCUCAACCUCAAUGAAAUUUACUCUCGAUUAAUGUUAACUUCGGACGUUUCAAACUGUUAUCGUUUUUCAAUCGCGACAUGGCCGCCACAGAUGGCCAAAUAAUAUUGGCUGCCUCCCGUUUCGGGGAGACCCUACCGGUAUAUAUACGUGACUUUUCCAAACAAAAGUUACCUGCCGUAGCGAAAAUUGUGAAAGGACAACAUCAGAAUUUAGGCGUUCCGACAUUGUCUGCACCUUCGUUGCAAAGCACAGCACUAUUCUUAAGCGCUGGCAAAAAAUAUCAAAUACUAGCGCAACCAAUAAAAAUCAAGGAGGGACGCAAGCCCACAAAUGUAGGUGCCAAGGUGCUUAUACCGGAAACCUAUACGGGUUACUUUGAGCUAUUAAGCGAAGAUGGUCGUUCUACGCGCUGCAUCGAUUCGGUGCUAGAAUUAUCAAGGCGAAGGAACUUACGCGUUCUAGUGCGAGAAACGUUUCGGUGCACGCAAAUGAAUCGCACGAUUCAUGCAGGUGAAAUGUUGACCACAAUGAAUGAUAAUGGCAAAUAUUUACAGUGCAAAAACAUCAAAGAUGAAAUCAUUAAUUUGCCACUCGAUACCAAAGCGAAAUUUUCACCCAUUGCCAAGGAGGAUAGCAUUAGUGGAGUGCAUACGGUGAAAAAUCUACUAAUGAAACGUAUGCCUGUUAUUGUGAGAUUAGUCCAUGGUAGCGCACCUAAAGGUCUUAAACAACCAUUUGUCCCUGAAUUACGUUUACUUGGCUGUGUUGAAAUCGAUCGCAUAUUUGCUUUACCACUACAGAAGGAUAAUGACUUGGUACCGGUGCCACUAAAUGCGAAAAUUAAGUUGCAACGUGUCAAAAAUAUGGAGCAACUAGAACACUUCAUAGAGUAUUCACGUUUUUUGGAGAAGGCACAGCGUCUGUUGUCUGAUGCACGUGAUCGUCUACAAAUUGUCGAUCUCAAAUUAUCAGAGAAAGAGAAAAAGGACUCUAAGUUCAGUAGCCGUAAUAAAUUACCCGUGGUUAUGUUGCCAUCAGCAGCUGGUGUAGCUGUGGCUGCAGCUGGUCUAAUGGAAGGUGGUUACGUGCUGCGAAAAAGUGCCAGCUGUGAUUCUUACAGCAAAAGUCAGGCGGCUGCAAUAAGCAGUGAAAUCGCUGAAGAAUAUAAUGAAAUAGAUCACAUAUACGAUUACGUCCGUGGCCUAACACCGCUCUCGAAGGGCUUGACGCGAUUUGAACCUAUUUGUGAAACGCCCACAAUUAAAUCACAUCAUACAGAUAGUAGUGGAAAUUAUUGUAGUCUCAUACGUGUGGGCCAUUCACAAAAUAAUAGUAAUAAUAACAAUAGCAACAAUAACAACAAUAAUAAUGGCAACAGCAAUAGCCUAAAUACAAAUGGCAGUAAUGCAAAUCAUAGCACUGGAAAUAACAACAACAACAACUAUAGUAGCUUAGACUCGAAUAAGCAUACAAACACAAAUAGUAGUCACAAUAGUAGUAGCAACAGUAAUCAUCAUCACCAUCAUCAUCAUCAAAGUCACUCGCAUAAUCAUCAUCAUCAGCAGUCAAAUGUUGGUGUUAAUCAUUAUCACCAUAGCCAUAUUCUAGUGCAAGAAGAUAUAAAGCCAGUGCCGCCACCUAUCGAAACAAUACCUGGUAAAAAAUUGCCAGAAAAACGUCAACGUCCGACACUACCAAAGCUUUAUUUGAAAAACACGCACAGCGCAGGAAGCAGCAGUAAUGGUAAUUCAAAUGUUGGUAAUCAUCAUCAUAAUCAUCAUCAUCAUCCACAUGCCGGUACUGCUGUUGUGACUACAACUGCUGCAGCGCAUCACUAUCACGCCCAUAAUGGCGCGACAGCUAAAGUACUGACACCAAAUAAUCAUCAAGCACUAAAUGGUAAUGUCCCACUAAGUGCCGGCAUUUUGAACAAGGAUUGCGGUUUGGAACCACAAUCGCCACUCUUUCAUAUCAGGUAAAUACGAG